GGGCGGCGGCGCCCCAGCCCAACUUGGCCUCGGCCUCGCCCUCUGCCCAGCCCGCCGGUGUCCCCUCCUUUCCGCGAUUCCGUUUCUUCUCACGCUCCCCCCACCCUCCCUCCCGCGUCCAGCCCCGCUCUUCCCACCUUGUAAAACAAAGCCGGGGAAAAUGCCUGCCCGUGCAGCUCGGAGCGUGCAGCCCGUCUCUGAAUAAGAAGUGAGUACAAUGGCGUGUUUGUAAAAGCUUCAAGUCCGUCUUUUUCAAAAAAAAAAAAAACACCAUUUUGAAUGCUGCAUGCCUCAUGCUUCCCAGCGCCUCGCGGGAGAGACCCGGCUAUACAGCAGGAGUGGCGGCACCCGACUUGCUGGAUCCUAAGUCUGCCGCUCAGAACUCCAAACCGAGGCUCUCGUUUUCCACGAAACCCACAGUGCUUGCUUCCCGGGUGGAGAGUGACACGACCAUUAAUGUUAUGAAAUGGAAGACGGUCUCCACGAUUUUCCUGGUGGUUGUCCUCUAUCUGAUCAUCGGCGCCACCGUGUUCAAAGCAUUGGAGCAGCCUCACGAGAUUUCUCAGAGGACCACCAUUGUGAUCCAGAAGCAAACGUUCAUUUCCCAGCACUCCUGUGUCAAUUCGACUGAGCUGGACGAACUCAUCCAGCAAAUAGUGGCAGCAAUAAAUGCAGGGAUUAUACCUUUAGGAAACACCUCCAAUCAAAUCAGUCACUGGGAUUUGGGAAGUUCCUUCUUCUUUGCUGGCACUGUUAUUACAACCAUAGGAUUUGGAAACAUCUCACCACGCACAGAAGGGGGAAAAAUAUUCUGUAUCAUCUAUGCCUUACUGGGAAUUCCCCUCUUCGGUUUUCUGUUGGCCGGAGUUGGAGAUCAACUAGGGACCAUAUUUGGAAAAGGAAUUGCAAAAGUGGAAGAUACUUUUAUUAAGUGGAAUGUGAGUCAGACCAAGAUUCGCAUCAUCUCAACAAUCAUAUUUAUACUGUUUGGCUGUGUCCUCUUCGUUGCUCUGCCUGCGAUCAUAUUCAAGCACAUAGAAGGCUGGAGUGCCCUGGACGCCAUUUAUUUUGUGGUUAUCACUCUAACGACCAUUGGAUUUGGCGACUACGUUGCAGGUGGAUCGGAUAUUGAGUAUCUAGACUUCUAUAAGCCUGUCGUGUGGUUCUGGAUCCUGGUAGGACUUGCUUACUUUGCUGCUGUCCUGAGCAUGAUUGGAGACUGGCUCCGAGUGAUAUCAAAAAAGACAAAAGAAGAGGUGGGAGAGUUCAGAGCCCAUGCUGCUGAGUGGACAGCCAACGUCACGGCCGAGUUCAAGGAAACCAGGAGGCGGCUGAGCGUGGAGAUUUAUGACAAGUUCCAGCGCGCCACGUCCAUUAAGCGGAAGCUCUCGGCAGAACUGGCUGGAAACCAUAACCAGGAGCUGACUCCUUGUAGGAGGACCCUGUCAGUGAACCACCUCGCCAGCGAGAGGGAUGUCUUGCCUCCCUUACUGAAAACGGAAAGUAUCUAUUUGAACGGAUUGACGCCACACUGUCCAGGCGAGGAGAUUGCUGUUAUUGAGAACAUUAAAUAGCCCUCUCUUUGAAGAGCCGUAGGCAUAGCCAUAGGUGAGGACUUCUAUAUGCUCUUUAUGACUGUUGCUAGUAGCAUUUUUAAAAUUGUGCAUGAGCUCAAAAGGGGGAAAAAUAGAUACACCCAUCAUGGUCAUCUACCAUCAAGAGAAUUUGGAAUUCUGAGCCAGCACUAUCUUUUUGAUGAUGCUUGUUGAACGGUCCACUUUCUUUGACGAGUGGAAUAAAACAAGCCAUGUCUGAUGCCUUUUUGUGCCCAGACUGUUUUCCUCCCUUUUUUCCUAACGUGCCAUAAGGCCUCAGAAUGAAUUAUAAUUGUUUCUGGUAAUAAUGUAGCUUUGAGGGAUCAGUCCUUAACUUUUCAGGGUCUACCUAACUGAGCCUAGAUACGGACCAUUUGUGGAUGACAACAUUUCUUUUUGUAAAUGGCAAGAAAUUCUUAUGCAGCCUUUUACCUAAGAAAAUUUUUGUCAGUGCCUUAUCAUAUGAAGAAACAGAACCUCUCUAGCUAAUGUGUGGUUUCUCCUUCCCCGCCCCACCCCUAGGCUCAAUUCCAGAGUCCUUUACCCCACAACUCCCGUUUGAGUACCAUACCUUGCUGGAAACAGUGUGUAAAAUGACUGAAGUGAUGAUGCCCGAAGAAGGAAUAGAUGCCAAGUUAGAUGGACACUGACGCAACACUCAGAAACCCUAGCGUUAAAGGCACUGCAGAGAAAUGAGGUGCAAGGAUGGCCCCUCUGAGUAUUUAUUUGACUCCGGUACCAACGGUACAUACAUACAGUGUAAUUACUACCAGGCCAGUAAAACUGGCUGCUCCCAAACAGUCCCCUUUUUCCUGGCAGUAUUUGGAAUUUAACAUUUAUUAAUCACUAUACAUCUUUGAAAGGUGGAAGAAGAAAAUCCAUAUACAUAUAAAUGAUUUGACAGAAUAAAACUGUUAAAAUCGAUAUUAUUGAAGGUGAAUUUUGACAAUUGGUGUGAACUGCCAUUCUGAUGAAAGGAAGACAGUAAAACCAUGUGUUACAAGCAUUUGCUAAUAAACGUUAUACUGCCAGAACCUCUUUGCUUUUUGAUGUAGAAAAGGCUUAUAUGAUUUUCUUUCCUUGGGUGACUUUUGCCAGAGAAGGGGAGGAGAUGUGCAGUCAGAGGUGGGCACAGUCCUAGCCUUCUGUGGGUAUACCUCUGGAGUUGUGACUGAGUGUGAGAGCAGAAGUUGAAACUGGGAUCGCUGUGAUUUUGCACAUGGAAAAAUGCAGACUGCAGGCAUAAUUCAUCUCUGACAUUACAGAAAAAGCUGUUAUAGCACAAUUUAAACCUUGAGAGCUUUUUUUUUUUAAGAUAGAAAAGGUUGAUAAUCCUUUUUAGUUUACUUUUAUAUCCUACAACUCUUUGGAUGUUUUCGAGAUUCAGAAGAAAUUCAGUAAAGGCAUCUAGUAGAUUGCUCCUCUUUCUUUAUUUUCAUACAUAGAUCUGCUGUACAUUGUAAAUAAAAUUUUUAAAAUGCAGAAAGAAAAUGGUUUCCCUACACAGAACUGCAAAAUAUUACUCUUACUCUGGUGGGUGGAGGGGGAGGUAUCUGAAUAAGUGGCAUUCAGAUUAGGGUCUCAUUAAAAAAUAAACCCCGGAUCUUUAAAAAGUUAACUUAAUAGAUGCUUAUUUUCCAAAUUUUAAAUUUAAGCUAGAAAUGUAAAUAUUCAAUUAACUUGUUGGAGGUACUUUUAUAAACUUAAAAAAUUCUAACCAAAUUUUUAGAAAGUCAGGCUCUUUUAGAAGGAAAGCAACACCCAAUUCCUCAGUAACUGUUCUGAAAGCUCGUAUGGUGGAACGCACCAUGUAUAAACUGUGAAAUUGCAUUGGCAAAUAAAGUUUGUAAUUAAAGUCGGUAUUUUCUGAGUCUCCUGCUUGCUGCUGAGGAUUUAGAUCUGAUCCUGGCUGUGCAGAACUCCAAGAUGUCACUUUUCAUGCUGAGUUUCUGUGGCUCUUUCGUUCACAGUAUUCAAGAAAUAUUUUUAAUGCAGUAUGACUACCCUUGUUAUAUGCGCGCGGGCGUUCUUCUUGGUGGAUGUUAAUCAGAAGUAAAUAUUCUGAAAUUUCAAUUUUGAAAUAUGAUGUUUGAAAUAGCAUAUAAAUUCAAGAUUGUUUCUAUUAAAUUAUGUUAUAUCACUACCUUAUUUUAUCAUUGUUAGACCUUGUCUUGACACUGAAGUAAUCGAAAUGCCAAACAUGGGCACCUGAACGUUUUCUGUAAGAAAAAAACAGUCAAGCAUUCUGGCAGUGUUGAAGCCUAAAGAAGGUCAUUGCCAGCUAAUCUCCUAGACCCCAUACCCCAAGUAUUUGGAGUACAUGCCUUGUCAGUGUCUUCCAUGAAUUUACUGAUUCAUUCCCAAGCACCUUGACAUUCAGUAAAUAUUCUAAAACUAGUCCCCAAUGUUCUCCUUAAGAUUGGGGAAAAAAAUCUAAGAAAGCAUGUGCACAUUAUAUCAAUUUUAUUUUUUCAAGUUCCAUUUUGUUUACUUCUUGUGGAAAAAACACUGAUAAAGAUUUUGACAUAGUCUCUGAGUUUAUUUUUUCAAUGGACCAGUUUAAAGAGUAAGUAGUUUUGCCCUUAAGGACAUGUAAAAAAAAAAAAGUACCAAACCCAGCAAGGAUUAGGAACUCCCUCAUCUGAAAUCUUAGGCACGGAUGCUAGGCAAGGCUGUCUAUGUACCUUACAGCGAGUAAAUGCAAAAGUGAAUAUUUUGGAGUUUUUAAAUUUAUCACAUACAUCUAUAUACUUUGCUACCAUAACUCAUGUCAUGCAUCCUUUUUUUCAAUAAUAUUUCACUCUUGCAAAACAGGAAAAAGUGAAACUUCUAAAGCCAAGAGGGACUUGAAUAAUUUGUGUCUUGGCUUCAAAAAAUGAAUAAAUAAAUAAGAGCAGGGUGUAGGGCAUGGUUUCCUUCUCAAAUUCUAAGGAACAGGUGACAUAUAAGAAGGAUUAAAUGCCACCUCGCUUUGUGUAAAAAAUCUGUAUGUCUUUGAUUCUGAAGGCUAGAAGUUCAAACAAAGAAAUUUUAUGUGGAAUACCAGAAAAAAAAAAGGUAGACAUUCUGAAGACUUGAGAUAUCUAUUUAUGCCCAAGAACUGGAGGCCUCGAUCAACUUUUUUUUGUUUCCUUUUUAAGAAAAACCUGUUUGCUGUUCUAGUCAAAUCAUAACUUAUUUGUGGUGUGUGUUCCUUAUCAUAGUGUGAGUAUAAAUUUGCUUUUGUAUAAAGUAAAAGAUGUCUCUAUUUGAAUACUCAUAACGCCAUUAAAAUUAAUAUGUAACUUUU